CUUAAAAUUCAAUUUGAUACUUCUUUAAUAAAAGUGUCGAUAUGUAGCCGGAAAUUUUUUAUAAAAUUUAUUACGUAUACGCAGUUAAACACAAAGAUUUAAACAACAAGUAACUUUAACAUAUGUGAAGCUUUUGAAUGAACAAUUGCACAUUAAAGCUAUGAAUGAUCAACUAUUCUUAAGUUAAUACAUGUUUACUAAAUAAAUUUAAGUUUACAUAACAAAUUCGUGUUAGAAAUUGGCGAUUUAGAUGGCAAUAUUAUGAAAACAUUAACAAUGACAUUAACAACGAGGUCAAUUUCAAUAGCAACAAUUACUGUAACUGCGCCAACACCACAAAUGUUAAGAACCACGUCCCUUGUUCCUUCUGCAAAUGUGUACAUCAAAAUUAUAAACUCAACAAUUACUUCCAACCCCAAACACAGUGAUUACAAUGAUCCUGAUCUUAUUACAAAAGACUCUGUGCAACUAUUUUUUUGUUUGUUAUAUGCAACUGUUUUUGUGUUAGGUGUUUUCGGAAAUAUGCUGGUGUGCUACGUUGUCCUGCGUAAUAAAGCUAUGCAAACAGUUACAAAUAUAUUUAUUACUAAUUUGGCACUCUCUGAUAUUUUACUAUGUGCUCUUGCUGUACCUUUUACACCACUUUAUACUUUUAUGGGACGUUGGGCAUUUGGUCGAACCUUAUGUCAUCUGGUACCAUUUGCACAAGGAUGCAGCAUUUAUAUAUCGACCUUAACGCUAACUGCUAUUGCAAUUGAUCGCUAUUUUGUUAUUAUAUAUCCUUUUCAUCCGCGAAUGAAGCUAAGCACUUGUAUUUCAACAAUAGUAGGGAUUUGGAUGAUAUCAUUACUUGCAACUCUUCCAUAUGGAAUGUACGUUAAAGUGGUAAUUGACAGCAGUGGUGGUAACUUAACAAAAAUAGACCAAUUAGUCCAAAACAAUGAAACGUUUUAUAUUAAUGAGUCUUUGGUAACAAUAGUUGACACCAUAAACUACGAAUCAACAAUACCAACAGAUUCUGUUACACAAAAAGUGACAACAAUGCCAUCAGAAGUCUUAAAUAUUUCAUACUGUGAAGAAAAUUGGCCAUCAGAGCAAUAUCGAAAAAUUUUUGGCUCAAUAACUUCAAUAUUGCAGUUUGCAUUGCCGUUUACUAUAAUAUCAAUUUGUUAUAUCUGGGUCUCCAUCAAACUUAAUUCGCGUGCUCGAGCAAAGCCAGGAACGAAAUCAUCAAAACGAGAAGAGGCUGAUCGUGAUCGUAAAAGAAGAACAAACCGUAUGCUAAUCUCAAUGGUUGCAGUAUUUGGAUUGUCUUGGUUACCCAUUAAUAUUGUAAAUGUGUUAAACGAUUUUUAUGAAAAAUCAAAUGAGUGGCGAUUCUACACAAUAUGCUUUUUUGUAUCACACUCUAUAGCAAUGUCUUCAACAUGCUACAACCCAUUUUUAUAUGCUUGGCUCAAUGAGAACUUUCGGAAGGAGUUUAAGCACGUCUUACCUUUCUUUCAUCUAUCAAGUAACAAUAUAAUUAAUAUUGGAUGUGUGUUCAAAAAGUCUCACCGAAGUACCUGUGACCCAAAUCAAUUAGAAACGCGACACAACGAUGACCUUCAACCCAGCAUUGCUACCCAAGAUAAAUGCGAAAAUAAAAGGGAAAAGGAUAUAAAAGUUUUAAAGCAACAGUUAACAAGCCAAUGUGAUCCAGCAUUCGAUUGCAAAAUCAGUAGUAUACACUUUCAGUCAGAUGACAGCAAGACUAAAGUUCCUUUAUUACAAAGAACCAAAAAUUCUAACUCAUUAUUUGAAGAUCCCACUAGCAAUCAUAACCGAAAUUGGGUUUCAACUAAAAUGGAUAAUAAUAUCGACUCAACUGACGAAAAAACUGUGGAAUUACGUUUUUAUGAAACAACAUUUACGAGCUCUGAUAAUAAUGACUGUAAGGAAGAGAUAUGCAAUAAUUGUGAAGAUUGCUAGAACUUAGAUAAAAAUAAAAACUUUUGUUAAAAAUGAGAAUCGAUGCUGUGCAAGAUAACCUAUCAUCAUGUAUUUGCUAUUCCUAAACAUAAAUAUAAACAAUUACUUUCUUAAAAGCAUUCAUAUGAGAAAAUUUAUGAUCAGAAGAUAUCAAAACUUAGAAAUAAUUGUAAACUUUUUCA